CGCGUGCGUGAUGCAGCUGGGAGGGCGCGUUGGGACCCGGUUCCGGAUGGCGAUGGUUUGCCAGUCGUGAGCGAGCAUGGAGACCGCUGUGGGCUCCGGGACCCGUCCCGUGGGCGCGGGAACGCUUGCAGACGUGGGGGCCCCGCCGGGCUUGCAGACUGACUGCGAGGCGCUGCUCAGCCGCUUCCAAGAACUGGACAGCGUGCGCUUCGAGGACUUCGCGGAGCUCUGGCGCAGCAUGAAGUUUGCGACCAUCUUCUGUGGCAAGAUGAGGAACUUAAAAAAGAACAUGUUUACAAAAGAGGCGUUGGCUCUGGCCUGGCGCUAUUUUUUGCCUCCAUACACCUUCCAGAUCAGAGUUGGGGCUUUAUAUCUACUGUACGGGUUGUAUAACACGCAGCUGUGCCAGCCAAAACAAAAGAUCAGAGUCGCCCUGAAGGACUGGGAUGAAGUUAUUAAAUUUCAGCAAGACUUGAUAAACGCACAGCAUUUCGAUGCAGCCUUCGUUUUCAGGAAGCUUCGGCUAGACAGAGCCUUCCACUUCACAGCAAUGCCCAAGCUGCUUUCAUGUAGAAUGAAGAAAAAAAUUCAACAGACCGAAGUGACCCAAAAAUUUAAGGACCCAAAUGAUCGUGUGAUGAAACUUAUCACUUCUGAUGUUUUAGAGGAAAUGCUGAAUGUUCACGACCAUUAUCAAAAUAUGAAGCGUGCUAUCUCAGCUGAUAAGUCCAUGCCAGACAAAGCCCUCAGCCUGGUAAAGGAGGAUUUUUUUGACAACAUUAAGAACAUAGUUUUGGAGCAUCAACAGUGGCACAAAGACAGGAAGAAUCCGUCCCUAAAAGCAAAACUUAAAGAGGGAGAAGAAGACAGUGAAGGCACGUCACAGGAACCAGAGAGAUGUGAAAGAGCCGAGUCUUUGGCAAAAAUCAAAGCAAAAGCCUUUUCAGCCGUUGCUCAGGUGUCCAAGUCCAGGAGGCAUCGCCAAGCCAAACUUGACUCUUCUGACUCUGAUUCUGGGUCUGGACAAGGGAAAGGCAAAGCAGCUAAGAAAAAAAGAACCAGAGAGACAGCGGCAGAACGAGCAGGAGGGAAGAAGGCUUCCAGAAGCACAGGUAAUGUUCAGAAUGAAUGGAAGGAAGAGAAGUCUUUACACCUGAGCAUGCCCAUAAUUGCAGAAGAGGAGGAGGAGACUGGCAAUGACGUCAGUGAAGCAGAGUUCACUGCACCCAAGAGGAAAAGAAAGCGAUGACAGGAGUCUGGCGGAGUUUUAUUUAAAUUCUGAUGAGCUUUCCUACAGAAGAACAUGUUUAUCUUGUUUUCAGCAGGAGGCUGGCCAGCACAGACUAAGGGGACUACCUCUGAGAACCAGGUCAUUUCUGUGAAAUGGGAGAGUUGGAGUAGACAUUUACCCUGAAGUUUAACAUUUCUGUUAAAAGUCUAUGUGAAUGGAGAUAAAAGUUUGCAUUUAGAAUGUAAAGAAAGAACUGUGCAUUUGUGGAUUAAUACUAUUUCCCAAAAGUUCUUGUGAUAUUACCUUAAUACAACACUGUAUUGUUUAGUAUGCUAGUUUUAAAACGUUUUCUUAAAGUACUUUUUAUAUAUAAAUGAUUCAUACCUGUCAUCUAGCAAUGGAUUGGACUGUUGUUUUGGUUUAAUAUUUCAUGUGUUAUGGUUAAGUGCAAUAAAAUUUUUGUUCCACUUGC